AUUCGCUCACACAUUCUCAAUUCAAUCUUUCAGUCAACAAUCCAUAGAUAAGCCCUAAUUUUUCACACCCUAAAUAAUGCAAUCCCAGAAAACCCUACCGGAUUCCGACCUACCGUCGCUCGCCGCCAUCAAAGUCAAAUCAUCAUCUCCUCGUUUUCGUUCUACGGCCAAUCCUUCCGCCACCGAAACCCCCACUGCUGGUGCCCAACGCAGGAUAGGCAUCGCCGUCGAUCUUAGUGAUGAGAGCGCCUUUGCCGUCAAGUGGGCCGUCCAUCAGUAUCUCCGUCCCGGUGACGCCGUGAUCCUCAUCCAUGUCCGUCCUACAUCCGUCCUUUACGGCGCUGAUUGGGGUUCUGUUGACCUAUCCAUCGUCGAUACUGACAAUGAGGAAUCGCAGCAGAAGCUUGAAGAUGAUUUUGAUACUUUCACGACUACGAAAUCGGCUGACCUAGCGCAGCCUCUGGUGGACGCGCAUAUUCCGUAUAAGAUCCAUAUUGUUAAAGAUCAUGACAUGAAGGAGAGGCUUUGUUUAGAGGUUGAGAGGUUAGGGUUAAGUGCUGUUAUCAUGGGAAGCCGAGGGUUCGGUGCGACAAAACGCGGGAGCGAUGGCCGGCUUGGGAGUGUUAGUGAUUACUGUGUGCGCCACUGUGUGUGCCCGGUGGUUGUUGUGAGGUAUCCCGAUGAGAAGGAUGCUGCUGCUUCUGCUGAGCCUGUGGUUUCGGUGGCUACUGCUGAUGAUGAAGAAGAUGAACCUGAAUUUCAUGAUGCAACCGAUGAGCGGAAAUAAGCAUUGAGGGAAUGAUCUUUGUGUGAAUCUUUGGUUUAAAGGAUGGCCAGAAGGCAUUGCGGUCUGCAAAGUCGAGGUGAAAUUAACUAGUUGAUUUUUCGUGUUUGGAUUUGGAUGUCAUAUAUGAUAUGACCAAUGGGUUCGUUGAUCCAUUGGGUGUGUCUGAGGUAGAAACUCAUGCUAGGUUUAUGAUUAGCAAGUGUAUGGCUUAUAUGCUGCAUUUAUAAGUUAUGUAACUGGAUUCUUGAUGGCAUAUACUCGGGUGUAAUAUAACUGUCUUCGAUUAUGUACUUGCUACUUCCAUUACCGUCGA